AAUUUCUAUCAAAAUGGAAACUGAAUCAAGACCUAAAAUUCAAAAUAAAGCUCCUGCUCCUAUUCAAAUAUCAGCCGAGAAGAUUGUCUUGGAAUCAUAUCAAAUCCAAGAUAACUCUUUGAGAAAACCAAACAUUAAAAUCAUUGAUGAGGAAGAACUAUUGGAGCAUCAAGGAAGAAAGAGAAAGGAGUAUGAAGAGGCCUUAAGAAGAAAUUAUCAAAAUAUCAACCAAUGGUUACGAUAUGCUGAAUUUGAAAUUCAGCAGAAUCAAUUUGAAAGAGCCAGGUCGAUUUUUGAAAGAGCUUUAGUAUAUAAUCAAAAGAAUCAGGUAAAAAUCUGGAUUCGUUAUAUUAAUUUUGAGCUAAAAUUUAAGAAUAUAAACCAUGCCAGAAAUUUAAUGGAUCGAUCGGUUUAUAUUUUACCAAUGGAAGAUAAAUUAUGGUUUAAUUAUUUGAAAAUUGAAGAGAAUUUAAAAGAGAUUUCUAAUUGCAUUAAGAUUUUUGAAAAGUGGUUAACAUAUAACCCAAGCUAUUACGCAUGGGAUGCCUAUAUUGAUCUAUUAAAAAGGAAUGGCAAUAUCAAUGAUUCUAAAAAUAAAAAUAAAAAUAAAAAUGAAAAUGAAAAUAAUACUAAUUAUUAUAAGAUUAGACAGAUUUUUAGUCGAUAUCUAUUGAAAUUUUCUGACACCCAAACCUGGUUAAAAUGGAUAGAGUUUGAAAAAAGCUUUGGAACAAUCGAAUCAAUUCGAAAAAUUUUUGAAAUAUCUAUUGACUCAAUAUUGAAAUUAAAUAACAACGACUUUAAUUCAAUUGAUGAAAAUUUACUAAUAGAUUUUGCAGAAUGGGAAGCCUCACAAAAUGAAAUUAAAAGGUCAAGAGCAAUCUAUGAAUUUGGGUUAUUAUAUUUGAGUGAAAAUAAAAACAGACUCUUAUUUGAUAAUUUUACAAAAUUUGAGAAAAAGUUUGGGAAUAAAGAACAAAUAGAAAAGUCCAUUAUUUUAAAAAGAAAAAAAAAAUACGAGUUAAUUUUAGAAAAGGAUAAAACUGAUUAUGAUACUUGGUGGCUAUAUAUAAAAAUAAUUGAAGAGUUAUAUUCUAAUCUUUCAAUUUCUGAGAAUGUAGAAAAAAUUAGAAAAGUGUUUGAUGAUUGUGUUAAGUGCACUCCAAAAGUUGUGCAGAAAGAUUACUGGAGAAGAUAUAUAUUCAUAUGGAUCAAAUACAUUUUUUGGGAGGAAUUGAACUUUGCAAAUAUUAGUAAAGUGCGGGAGCUUUUCAAAAGGAUUUUGAAGAUUAUACCUCAUAAAAAGUUUACUUUUGCUAAAAUCUGGAUACUAAAUGCUAAAUUUGAAAUAAGGCAAAACGAUAUUGGCAAAGCACGAAAAUUAUUUGGUAUGGCAAUUGGAAUGUGUUCCAAACCCAAAUUAUUUAAAGAAUAUAUAUCAAUUGAAAUAAAACUAAAAGAAUUUGAUAGAGUGAGAAAAAUUUAUGAAAAAUUCUUAGAAAGUUAUCCUGGAUUAAUUAAUAUAUGGAAUGAGUACGCUGAAUUCGAAAGCAAUUUAGAUGAUAUUGAGAGGUCAAGAAAGAUUUAUGAAAUUGCCAUAAACUUGCCAAGAUUCUCAUUGUCUUCAUCAAAUACAAGCAACAAUGCCCAAUUAAUUGAGAUUAAACAGUUCUGGAAAAAGUAUAUUGAUUUCGAGUAUGAACAGAAUCAAUUUACAAAAAGUAUUGAACUUUUUGAAAAAUUUCUUGCAAACUCAGGGUAUGAUGUCAAGGUGUGGAUUGAAUAUGCAAAUUUUGAGUUAACCAUUCCUACCGAAGAACAAUUAUUGCAGUAUCAAAAUGGUGAAGAUGAUCAGGAUGAGAUUGAAAUUGAGAUUACAGAAAUCCAGUUAAACAAUGCAAGAAGAAUUUUUGAAGAAGCUUUAAAAUACUAUCGAGACAACGAAAUGAAGGAGAAAAGAUCAAUUGUAAUGGAAGCCUUUAAAGACUUUGAAGAGGAAAACGGAACAAAAGAAUCAUUUGAAACACUAAAGAAAAGAAUGCCUAUGAUAGUAAGGAAAAUUAACAAGGUUGAAAAUAAAAAAUAUUCUAAAGAGUAUAUUGAUUAUAUUUUCCCUGAUGACGCCAAAAAGAGCAUUUCUCUUAAUGGAAUAUUGGCAAAGGCCAAACAAUGGAAAAUGGCUCAACAUACCUAACUGAGAAAAUAAAUUUAAAUAUGUUGAAUAAUAAGAGAAUCAUCUAAAAAAAUAAGAACCAUUAAAUUCAUUGUGCUGAAAUUGAUGGUGACGAAGAUUCAAGAACUGAAUAAAUUGAGAAACGAGGGUACAACCAGAUCCGGUUGU